CAUUUGGGAUUCCACCCACGAGAGCUGUUCAGCAGUUUGUACUUUGAACGCUGACACAAAUCCCCCAGCAAACAGAAAAGAAAAGAGGCUACAGGGAUAGUGGUGCGUUACCAGUUUGUGCCUGAAGUGGAAGUGAAAGUAAGACUCCUCCAGGCUUUUCUUCAUCCAUGGCGUCCAGCAGUAUGAAGCAGGACGAGGCUCUGAGCCUCAGUGAAGAUCUCACCUGUGCCAUUUGCUGUGAUCUGUUCAGAGAUCCAGUCAUGCUUGGCUGCAUGCAUCACUUUUGCAGGUCAUGCAUCACUACCUACUGGACAGGGAGAGGUCCAGCGGUGUGCCCUCAGUGCCGCAGAGAGUUCUCCGAAAAAAGGUUUCAGACCAAUUAUCUUGUGGCUGGCCUGGUUGAAAAGGUCAGAGCCAGUUCAUCAGCUCCAUCUGCGAUGAAUUUGCAGAAGCAGCUUAAGGACAGCCUGGACUCUCAGAACUCACGGAAAGAACAGCUAAUCGCCAUGAUCCAUAAGGAUGAAGAACAGAUAUACACAUUAAGGAAAGUGGGAGCUGAUCUCAGGGCGAGGGUGUGUUGCGACUUUCAGGCUCUGCACCGCUUCCUGCAAGUGGAGGAGGUGGCUAUGCUGGACCAGCUGAGGAGAGAUCAGAUGGAGCUGGAGCACAGCCUGGAAUGCCACAUUGAGGCCCUGAAUACAGCAGUUCGAGAACUGGAGCUCCAAAUAGCUGCCAGUACUGUAGGGAACAUGGCAUCGCUACCAAAAUUAAUUUCCAGAACACAUGUUCCAGCCAUCAAAGGACCUUCUAUUGAAGACUUUAAGAGCAAAUACAUAGCUCCUCUUCAGUACACCUUGUGGCGAAAAAUGUUUAAAAAUUUAACACCAGGCCCACUUCCACUGACCUUCGAUGAGGACACAGUUCAUCCAAGUCUCCAGCUCUCUCGAAACAGGACCCAAGUGAUUGAGACUAAAACCAUGCUACCCUACGAACCCAAUCCGAAGCGCUUCAUACAGUGUGUUAAUGUUCUCGGAGCCCAAGGAUUCCAUACAGGCAGACAUUACUGGGAGGUGGGUGUUGACACCAUGCCCAAGUGGGACAUAGGUGUUGCCCUGGAAACAGUGAAUCGACAGGCACGGGUGAAGCUGUGCCCCAAUAAUGGGUAUUGGACCCUGCGUCUGCGCAGUAACACAGAGUACUCUGCAGGCACCCAACCCUGGACCCCAGUGCGUGUAAACCCUCAACCUGUAAGGAUUGGGGUCUUUGUAGACUGUGAGGAGCACAUAGUUUCCUUCUACAACGCUGAUAACAUGAGCCUGCUCUACUCAUUCUCCAAUGGGCCCAAAGGGAAGGUUUUUCCAUUCUUCAGCACAUGCCUCAGUGAACCUGGGCAGCGAGCUCAGCCGAUCCAGCUCCUGCACUUCCCCAGCAUGGCUGUCUGAGAAUCCUGAAAAUCUUCAGUCCAAGUGUGUAAAUUGUAUACGUGUAGUACUACAAGAUAUCAUUUACAAAGCUCAGCAUGCAUGUUUCAAUAAUUAUACAGCUGUCACUAUUCACAAUUUAGUCUUGCUUAUUUAGUAUUUCAUAUGCAUAAUCUACUCUGGGAUUAAAUCUAUGAACAAAGAUCAAUCACAAUUCUUUAAUCUAAUUACCUUGCGAACAGUUGAGUGCACCUGCACAAUUUGAUGAUUUUGCUCAAACAUUUGACAGUGAUCAAGCAAAGCAUCAUCACGAAGCUUGCCAUGUUGCACAAGCAAUACGAUCCUAAUCAGAAAUUAAGUCUUUAAAAAGUCUGUGACAUUUUAUUAAGAAUUUUGUACCUGUGCUUGAGUAUAUAUUUUGUUAAAUAUUGGAAUACUGGAUGAACUGUAAAUAUGAUUUGUUUCAUGGACAAUUUUUACUGAUGUAUCCAAGUCAUUAAACAGUCUGUAAGGUGCGCCGGAUCCUUCCUAUUCAGACACACCAUACUAUGAAUGUAGCUAAUAUACAGUAAUAAAUCAAACACAUAUUGGCCUAA